AUGUCGCGCUCCAGCUCAAAGCCGUAUUCGCGCGACGCGUCAAGGCCCAGCACCGAUUCGCAGUGGAAGCAUGACCUCCACAACACGGUGCGCGGCACCCUCGCCGACCGCCUGGGCACCACCACGCGCAAGUCCGGAUCCGGCUCGAACGGCCCCGGCGGCAGCUUGCUCGACCGCCUGUCUGGCGGCGCGGGCAAGGAGCUCCUCCCUGCCAACAGCAGCUCGAAGGGUGGAAAGAUGCACGCGGACACACCGAGCACGAGCACGAGUGCCAACGCUGGCCGCGAACUGCUGCCCUCCAAGGCCGCGCGUCCAGUGCGAUCAAGCCGCCCUCGCGGUGCAGGCAGGGUGGACCCCUCGGCACACCCCCUCCUCGCUCAGAGCCUCGGUGCGCUUUCGGGAGACCGCCGCGGCACUGUCGCUAGGUCGCCUCCCAGUCCCCCUACCCCAGCUGUGGGAGGCGGCGGUGUGACCAUUAUGGGUGCCGCAGGUCUGACCGUCGUUCGCGUCGAGCACCUCGCACGCGGCACGACUGCCGACGACGUCAAGUCGGCAUUUGCACCCACCCCCAUCUUGUCGGCCAAGAUCGUCUCGGGCUCGCGCGACGCCACGGCCACCGUCGAGCUGGAAAUUGCCGACCGCGCGAGCGCCGACGCCCUCAUCGCGCAGUACGACGGCGUGGCGGCAGACGGCGAGAUCCUCAAGUUGACGGUUGUGCGACCUCGUUCCCCGCCAGCGCGUGGCCAGAGUGGUCGCGCAGGAGGCGGAGGCGGCGGCGGGCUGAGUUCGAGGAUCGAGCCCAAGGCGCGUCCAGUGCCUUCAUCUGGCAAGAUGUACUCUGACCAGAUUGCCGAGCCGCGCCCGGCCCCCCAGGCCAGGCCUGCAGCGCAGCCUCAGUCUCAGUCUCAGCGCCAACCCUCCCUCGCCGCGAGGUUAGGCCGUCGUUGA